AUCAGAGCCAAAUUAGCUGCAGAACUAUAUGCUUCCAAUUUGAAUCCUCAAAAUGCUGAUAAACCUGGUGUUCAUUUUGCAGGUGGUCGUUUGUCAAAUGGGAAGUACUAUGGAGCUGGAAUGAGUAGUAGCUUGUAUAAUCCGAAAUUGGUUGAUAUUAAAUCCCAGUACAGUUCAAGUCAAAUUAAAAUCCAAAAUGGUCCUGAUAGUCUUAUAUUUGGGUGGACCGUCAAUCCUAUAGUGUAUGGAGAUACUCGUACUCGCCUAUUUUUAUACACAAAUGCUGGAAACAGUCACUGCUUCAAUACUUUUUGCAGUGGAUUUAUACUUAAUAGACCAGAUAUACCUCUUGAUUUUGCUUUCCCUAGACUUUCUAGAAAAGGUGGACCAACAGUUGGCGAACACUUCUUUGCUUACAAAGAUGCAGCUAAUGGAGAUUGGAUUUUUCAAAUUGAAUUCGGAUCAGAGUUCAGUACCCAAGUUGGAUGGUGGCCGCAAAAAAUUUUCACAUGGUGGCAAUGGGGUGGAGAAGUGUACAGUCCUCCAAAUAUUCGGAGUCCUCAAAUGGGCUCUGGGAGUAAUCUAAGUAAUCAUAUGAGCUCACUGUAUAAUUCAUUUUGUGCAGAAAUGGUAAUUGUUGAUGAACAUCAUCAAACUGUGAACGCUCCAAAAGUUGAGACAUAUACAGAUAUUCCAAUUACAUUUUAUGACGCUUAUGACUCGGGAUACGUUAGAUCAGAUUUCAAACAUGUGAUGUGGUUUGGUGGUCCAGGAGGCUAUACUGGAAAUUGAUCUCCAAAAUAAUUGUAGUAUUAUUAAAUAAAUAAAUAAAUAUUAAAUUUAACGAA